GCUGCCGAUGCUGCAUCUUGCGGACACGGCACGGAACAAUCUCGUUGCUGCAGUGAGCGAGUUCGUGGGCACUUUUCUCUUCUUGUUUUUCUCUUUCGCUGGUACGCAAGUUUCCAACACCCCCAAGCCGGCCGAGGGCGCGCUACCGAAUACCUCCAACCUGCUGUACUCGGCGCUAUGCUUCGGCUUCUCCCUCAUGGUCAAUGUGUGGGCAUUCUACCGUGUGACGGGAGGGUUGUUCAAUCCCGCGGUCACUUUGGCACUCUAUCUGGUUGGGGGUCUCAAGCCAUUCAGAGCGGUCUUUGUCUUCGCAGCUCAGAUCGUGGGCGGCAUCGCAUCGGCGGGGGUAGUCAGCGCUUUGUUUCCGGGCAGUCUGAAUGUAGCCACCCGGUUGGGUGGUGGAGCCUCGAUCUCGCAGGGUCUCUUCAUUGAGGUCUUUCUCACAGCCCAGUUAGUAUUCGUUAUCAUCAUGCUUGCCGUGGUUAAGCAUAAGUCCACCUUCUUGGCUCCGGUGGGCAUCGGGCUUGUCUUCUUUGUGACGGAGCUGGUUGGUGAUUAUUAUACUGGCGGCUCCCUCAAUCCGGCGCGCUCUCUUGGCCCUGAUGUCAUUAACCGUAACUUCCCCGGCUAUCACUGGAUAUACUGGGUGGGCCCAUUGCUGGGGAGCCUGCUGGCGUGUGGGUUCUUCAUGUUCCUGCAACUCUUCCAGUACCACACCGUCAACCCGGGCCAGGACUUCAACGAGUGGGAAGCCAAGAUGGGCCCGGGCUCGUGGGAUGCUUCGAUGCAUCGUCCCUCAAUCCUGUCGGAUUCCAGCACUCUAGGCCGGGCGCAUUCCCCGACGAGUGGACGGCAGCCGGGCAACGGACAGUACCCCGGCAAUGGACAGAAUAUACCACGCGGGGCCGAGCAGGUUUAGGGCGGGCCGCGGGGGUUGACCGGUCCGCUCGGAAGACGGCGUAGGGGCGGAUCCAUGGUACGGGUACCCCCCUGUCACGGGCAUCGUGUUUGAGAUGCAUAUGUUGCAAGUAUGACGGCUUCGACAGGUGGGGAUUAUGUUUUUGGUUGCCGUGUGUGCAUCGACCUAAUUUUCGAACGGUCCAGGCGGGGAGGUCGAUCUGGUCUGUUGCCUUCCUUGGUAAAACGGUCGUCUACCGUGUCGGGUGUAGCCCGCCCAUUGGAGGGCUUUCACUUCACCCUUUCAUUUGUUAUUAAUGAG